UCGUCCAGAUCGGUCACCACGAUUGGAAAUUGGAUAACUCAAGUUUAUUCCAUUUGUAAAUUUUAUAAUAUACCUAAAUAAAUAUUUACUGGAGCGUUGCGUUGUGUCAAAUAUAAAAACUUAAAAAAUUCGUUGCAAAAUGGCGCGUGCAGUUUGUUGCAUGGUCGUCGCUUGCAUCUUCUUGGUGCAAUGCGUUUACUCUGCCAAAUUCGAUGCAGAGAAUCGUCGUCUUAUACUCGAUAUAAACGAUCAAAAGACAACGAAUACACAAUAUUAUUCCUCAAACUUUGACACAAAUGCCUAUCGUUAUGGCUAUGAUGUGGGAAAGACAGGGAACUUCCAUCACGAGACCCGUGGACCCGAUGGCGUCACCUAUGGCUGCUAUGGUCUGAUCGAUCCCUAUCAUCUGCUCCGUGCAACACACUAUGUGGCCGAUGCCCAUGGCUAUAGGACUGUGGAGCCAGAGAAACCCGUCGAGACAUUCCCGCCGCAUUUGUACAAUGAGACGGAUGGUGGUCCCUCGGCGCCAGGCAUUCUGUUGCAGUGGCACGAGCUCUAUUUCCCCAUUGGAUGUGGCAAGUUUGCCGACGGCGCCCAGUCGGGUGUGCCCUACUUUGUGGAGAAUGAUUAUAAGAAAAAGGAGGGUAGCAACGAUGCCAUACCCUCGUUCUCGGUGAACAUUCCGGUACUGAAGGGUUCCGACCAGAAGAGUCUGCCCAUCCACAAGCCAACCGGUCCGCUAGUGCCCCAGGGCACAGGACUCUUUGGCACCGACAAGGGACACACGCAUCGCGAAUAUCCCGGGGAUCAGGCGCCAUCCUUCCAAUCAGUGAAUACCCUGCUACCGGGCAGCAACAGCAACAAUGAUGGCCAAUACAAGCCGGAUAGCAAUCCCUAUAACCAUGUGGUUGGUCCCAACGGCGGCAACGGCGGUAACGGCGGUAACGGCGGUAACGGCGGCAGCGGCUCAGGAGGCGGCAAUGGAGGAUUCGGUGGAUUUGGGCCCAACGGCCCUGGUGGUCCAAAGGGAAACAACGGGCCCAACGGUCCCAAAGGCCCCUUUGGCCCCCCUGGUCCCCCUGGACCGCCAGGUCCCUUGGGCCCGGUCGGCGCGGGAGGCGGAGCCUCAGGAAAACCGGUAUACAAGGAUGGAGAUCGCACAGGAUUAGGAUCGGGUCAAUAUAAUGCCAAUGGCGAUGCUACUGGUGCCGGCAGCGGCUCCGGUUUUGGCUCGGGCGAUCGCUACAGCACUGGCAAUGGCAACGGCGUCGGUGCUGGCGAUCGCUAUAGCACGGGCAGUGGUGCUGGAGUCGCUGCUGGCGGCAGCUAUCGUCCUGGCAGUGAGGGUACCUACACGAGCACCUACACGCACACCGAUACCGGUUUUCCUGGGGCCAUUGGAUACGUAUCAGACAACGGUAAUUAUAGGGGUGAAAGUGGACGUUACAACGGUAUUAAUGAUGGCAAAUAUUAUCACGACGAUUCGGGUAAAUAUGUUCACGUUGAAGGCCCCACCGGUCCGCCAGCACCUCCGUAUGUCCACAUUGUUGGACCCGAGGGCGGCUACGGCGGUGAGGGCGGCAAUGGCGCCGGCGGCGGUGUAGGACCAGGCGGUCCCAAUGGCCCCAACGGCCCCGGAGGACCCAAAGGACCUGGAGGCCCCAACGGCCCCAACGGACCACCCGGCCCACCUGGACCACCUGGACCUCCCGGGCCUAAUGGACCUACUAGACCCGGACCUAAAGGACCUUUCGGACCACCCGGCCCUCCUGGCCCACCCGGCCCUCUAGGACCAACCAGACCAGGCCCAUAUGGACCGCCCGGCCCACCCGGCCCCACACGCCCAGGACCUCCAGGCCCACCAGGACCAACACGCCCAGGACCACCCGGCCCACCAGGACCCUCGCGUCCUGGCCCACCAGGACCUGACCGUCCAGGCCCGCCCGGACCCGACCGCCCAGGACCACCGGGGCCACCACCACCAAACAACAACCGUGUGCCCACAACCACCGAUCCCAGGCAUUCGGACAAGGACACGCCCGGAUACCUGCCGCCAGAUCAACCCGGUAAAAUCUCGAUACCACCCCCACCAUCCUACUCACAAACCAUUAAGAUCGAACCACCCGUGAUCAAUUUCAAACCCAAUUACGAACACAAUAGCGAUUAUGUGCAAAAGAAAAAUCCGCCAUCCAAAACCACAGCAAAGCCACCACUAACCUAUAUUCCUCCUUCUAUCCCACAACCACAAAAACCUCAACCACCUUCCCAACACCAUGUUCCUGUUCCCGUUCCCGUUCCCAAUGUUCCUGUUCCCGUUCCGCCAUACCAAACGACAACGAUUGUACAGCCAAAGGUCCCGGCUAUCAUUAUUGAGAAGGAUAAUAGGCCACCAGUAACAAUCGGUAAUAUUGAUAUCCAUACAGUACCACAGAGACCAUACACAACACCCGCACCGCCCACUCCUGCAGUGGUGACACGAUACGAAACGACUCCACGAACGACUCCCAGACCUACUGCCUAUCAGCCAUCGACUGCCAGACCUACUGCCUAUCAGCCAUCCACACCCAGACCUUUUGAAAAGGUCUCCAGUCCACCCAUACAAUACCAUACGCCACAGGUGCCACAACAGCCAGCACCGUACAGACAACCCCCCGUACAGCAGACGAGGACGACGACAACGACGACAAGACCACAACAAUCCUAUGUUGUUGAACCAAAAGUAACGCCACGUCCCUCUCCACCAUUGCAUGUGCCUGCGUAUCCGAACAGCGGCGACACCUGUGUCUGCAGCGAUAAGACGCACCACUCAUCGAAAACCACUCAAAGCACCACAAGCACCCACUCCUCUACCACUAGUAACAACUAUCCCCAAAAUCCUGCUUCCGUUGACUUUAACAAACAAUUUUCCGGCUUCAAUGGACAAGCGAACUUUGGCAGCAUAAUCAAUGCCAUGUCACUCACACAAUUGCCCGUGAUACCCCAAGCACCCGGCCAGCCGGCCUUCUAUCCGCCGGAUAAGAUACCCAAGGGUGCUGUCAUCGCUCUCAUGCCGGUGGUGAUCCUGCCACAGGAGUACUACUCAAAUUGCGAUGAGAAUUCCAUAUACACAAGCGGCAAGCAGCAGAACAGCAUUGUCGAUCCCUUCCCGCUGGGCGUACAGCCAGCGGCCAUACCGAAUGCCUUCAGCCUGCAUUCGGUGUUCACGGGUGGCGCGCCCAAGGAUCAGUGCAUGUGCCCUUGCUCAUGCACACAGAAUUUGCCCAGCAGAUUGCACAAGAAACGCGAGACGAGCGAAAAGGAGGCCACGGAGGUGAAGGCCGAGGCCGAGGCGGAGGUCAGGGUUGCUGCUGCUUCUGAGCAGGCAAAAGUUGAGAUUAAACCUGUUGCGGCUGCCUCUAUAGAGGCUAAAGUAGAGACUCCAGUCGUUUCUGCUGCCUCUGAAGAGUCGAAAGCAGAGGUUAAGCCCAUUACUGCUGCCUCUGAAGAAGUUAAAGAGGUUCUACCAGUACCAGCCGCCUCUGAGGAGGUUAAGGUAGAGGUUAAACCCGCUCCAGCAGCCUCUGAGGAAGCUAAAGUAGAGGUCAAGCCAGUGGCAGCCGCCUCUGAGGAAGCUAAAGUAGAGAUUAAACCGGUACCAGCAACCGCCACCUCCUCCGAAGAGCUUAAACCAGCCGCCUCUGAGGAAGCUAAAGUCCUCGUUGAUCCUCUACCAGUUGAAAAGCUCAAGGAGACAAGCGACGACAAGAUCAAGGUUGAGACUACGAACUAAGACAACGGCCCUGACAACGCCCUGACGAUGCGAAAAGAAAACCCUCUCCCAGAUCCCGCUUUUAAUCCCGUUCCAGAAUCCUCCUCCCAAACCUCCCAAACC